AAUCGCGUAUCGUGCCUACACGUCGCUCGCUCCAACGCGCCCACCCAAACAAAUCCUAUACGAUCGAAUGUGUAAUAUACGCUACUACGUAAGGCGAUAUUUUACGUGCUCGGUCCGAGCGACAGUCGAUCCCUCAAACUGUGCAAACUGACAACUCAGGUCAGUGUGUGUGUACGUGCGUUUGCCUCGAUUCGAGCAAACAUAAUUGAAGUGUCCAAAAGCGACUCGCGAGCAAAAUAGUAUACAUCGAGAGUGUUGUGCGCGAUUGUGUAGGCUCUCCCAUGCAACGCGAAAGGCUCACCCAAAGUAAAAGUUUGUGUUGGUUUUACCUGUGCGAGUGUGCCUAGGCUGCAGGGGCUUCUCGUGCUGUAGCCGUGUUUGUGUGUGCUCUGCUCGUGUGUAGCGGCAGCGCCAUAGUUUACCUGUGCCGUGUGCGCUCGGCCUCGUUCGGUCUCUUUUUACCAAGCCAAUAUACCGUCCAUCUCGGGCUGUGCACGCACACGCCGUAACACACCUUGUACACCUCAACCUGGUGGAGACUGUAGCUAGCUGCAUCGGAGAAUUGGCUGCCGUUGACAGUGGUCCCAUUGGUGUACUUCCAGUUCACUGCACCCGAGCGAACUUUUGACAGCGCGUUCUUAUCUCUAGAAUUCGAUAGUUGUUUGUUCGAACAUUUUACGCGCGGAGCAUGCCGCUCACAUAGAGUCUCGCCGCGGUCGAGCCAAUUAUCGCGUAUUACGGUGCCGCACGCUCGUGCGGAUCAAGAGGAUGCAUCCAAGGAUCAGGACGCUACGCCCCGAGCUUGGAGCAGUCGCCACAUCGUGCCUGGCGACCUCGACGACCUGAUAACCGUGAUAAGAAGAAAAAAAAUAGUGCAUGCUGCAAUUUGUGUUACGCGUCAGUGCAUCGUGACCGAGUGCGCCGAACGCCAACUGAUCCUCUCGAGGAUCAACAAGAGCAGUGUGACGAGUGAUUUUGUGAGUGUCCCGGUGUGCCCUAGCUCGUUGACCUACAGCACAAUGUCGAAGGACCCAGAGAGCAGCAUCAAGCGGCGCCGGCCCUUUGGGCCCGCUGCAACCGUUGCCGCCAUCGUCUUACUGCUGGCACUGUCUUCCAGUGCCUCUGCAUCAGAAACUCUGCAGGAGCCACGAUUUAGUAUGCAACCCUCAAGCAGCGGUGGUCUUCUUAGCGAAAACAGGACUAAAAUUUUUCAGUGCCAAGCUGGAGGAAACCCUCAGCCAAAGUACAGGUGGUUCAAAGAUGGACAGCCCCUCACGAGCGAACUUACGUCCGAGUAUUUCUACCGGCUGCACAACACACGACGGGAUGACUCGGGCAUAUACUAUUGCGUUGCAACCAACCAAGUCGGCUCGAUUUUCAGCGAAAGAAUAUCCUUCUCCGUUGUUUACAUGGGGGAAUUCGAGGAUCUGUCGGAACGCAUCGUGAAGGUGCAAUCGGGCGACGCGGCCGUCUUGGAAAUGCCGAAGAUCGAGAGCCAUCCGGCGCCCGACGUCAUCUGGACGACUACGGACGGCACCAUCCCCUACAUCAUCAAGUACGCCACCGUCAACCAGAAGCUCAUCAUUCUGAACGCGGUAGCUCACGACGAGGGCCACUACAGGGCGCGAGCCCACAACACGCAGCUCGGCAAGGAGGUCAACGGCCCGUUCUUCAGGCUCGAGGUGACGGGCGACUCGAACAGUGAAGUGGCUCCGUCGAUCGUCGUCAAGCCGGAGGACACGAAGAUCAUCAAGGACCAGGGUAGCGCCUACUUGCACUGCAUCGCCAAUGCCAGGAACUUGCACGAGCUGCAGACCAUCUGGACGAAAGACGAUAUUCCCAUCGAAGAUGCCAGGAUCACCUUCAAUUUCAAAGAUUCCUGGAACAGGACGCUCAUCCUCAUAUCGGCCAAUCUGACUUACAGUGGCGUUUACGCUUGCCACGUCGAUCUAAAAACCGGUGGCUAUCCGACCAUCAGUGCCAGCGCCAACGUGGAAGUCCUAGAGAAACCAACUUUCCGAACGGAACUGAAGCGCGUCACGCUCAGCGAGUACGGCAAGACGGUUUCGUUGCAUUGCGAUGCCGAGGGCGUGCCACCACCGACAAUUCAAUGGUUUCGUAAUGCCGAGCCCAUCCAAAGGUUGCCUGGAUCCAGGUACUCGAUGCAAGAAGACGGCUCGUUGGUCAUCAAAAAGCUGAAAAUGGAAGAUUCGGGCAUGUUCCAAUGUUUGGCGCUCAACGACGCAGGAGAGGCAUCCAGUUACACAUGGCUUAAGGCCAAAAAAAGAAUCGAUACAGCAGUGAAAGAGAGAUUUAGACGCAGAGCCGCUGGUUAUGGUAUCGUCGCCGUACGACAGUACGAUCAACAUUUUGCGUUCUCAAAGUACCAAGAACCUUCUGUACCCAUAAUGGAAGUAAUACCUAAAAACGUCACUGUAUUAGACGGAAAGGAUGCAAUUUUGCCAUGUCGAGCAAUAGCUGCACCAGCACCAAACGUUACAUGGUUUUAUAAUGAUAAAAUGCCACUAGAAAUAGCUGGCCGAGUGCAAGUAUUAGAAAGUGGCGACCUCGUAAUUGGUAAUACGAAGCGUUCAGAUGCCGGCAAAUAUACCUGCGUGCGCGCUAACGAAGCUGGAUCCACUAAUGCAUCGGCUCACAUAUCUGUUAUUGUACGAACUCAAAUUGUGCAACCACCUGUUGAUCAGUCCGUGCUUCUCGGAAAUACAGCCGAACUUAAGUGUGAAGUAUCAAGCGACCCUAGCGUCAACUACGACAUCGCUUGGUUCCACAAUAAUCAAGUUAUAAAUCCAAGUCAGAGAGUAAAAAUGCACAGAGAUGGCUCUCUAGAAAUAGGAGCAGUGAGGGCCUCAGACGUAGGCAAUUAUACGUGUUCCAUCGUAUCAAGCGGCGGCAAUGAGACUCGUACAGCACGACUGAGUGUCAUAGAAUUGCCAUUCGCACCGGUCAGCGUUGUAGCUUCGAGGGUAGAGCAUCUUUCUCCUCGCAGCAUUAAUGUCACUUGGGUACCUGGUUUUGAUGGCAACAGUCCUAUCAAAUCUUACAUUAUACAACGCCGUGAAGUUCCCGAACUAGGACCACUUCCGGACGUAUCGCUCAACUGGAUUACCGAGUAUUCCAAUAUUUCUGCAAAUUUACGUUGGGUCCUCUUUGAUAACUUGAAAGCUGCUGCAGUUUACCAGUUCCGAGUGAGUGCAGAGAAUAGCGUUGGAGAAGGUCCGAGCUCUGAGCCAAGCAAUAUAGUAGUACUUCCUCAGGAACCUCCUUCUGGUCCACCAGUUGGUUUUGUUGGAUCGGCACGCUCAUCAUCGGAAAUCAUAACGCAAUGGCAACCUCCGAGCGAAGAGCAUCGUAAUGGUCAUAUUCUUGGCUAUGUGCUACGUUACAAAUUGCAUGGCUACAAUGAAGCACCUUGGAUGAUUCAAAACAUCACCAAUGAGGCUCAGAAAAAUUUCCUCAUCACAGAUCUCAUUACGUGGAAGGAUUAUAUUGUACAGAUAGCAGCCUAUAAUGACAAAGGUGUUGGUGUCUUUACGAAUGAGUUACGCAUCAAGACCAAAGAGGGUGUACCCGAAGCACCACCCACAGACGUUCGCGUCAAAGCCAUCAACUCAACUGCUGUAAUGGUUUGGUGGAGACCUCCAAAUCCUCAAAAAAUCAAUGGUAUAAAUCAAGGUUACAAAUUGCAAGCUUGGCAUGGAGGAUUCAGCGAAAAUGACGAAUAUAAAACCAUUACUGUGGCUCCUAAUUUAUUCGACCCGCAAGCCGAGCACAGUGCCGUCAUGAACCAUUUGAAAAAAUACACACUUUACAAUAUUACCGUGUUAUGUUUUACGAAUCCUGGCGACGGUGAGCGCAGUGAUCCAGUUCCAGUACGGACUAGUGAGGAUGUUCCAUCCAAAGUGGAAAAUCUUCAGUUCCUGAACAUCAGUGAUCGGGCCCUCACAGUCAAAUGGCGAGCCCCAAAGGAAAUUAAUGGAAUACUCAUUGUUUAUCAAUUGAAAUACAUGAUCAAAGAUAGACCAGAUAGUCUGAAGGUGCUAAACUUAACUGCUGAUACAUUGUCAACAAAAAUAGAACAUUUACAGGCUACGACGCAUUAUACAUUCGAAGUGCUAGCGUGGACAUCUAAAGGUGCCGGAGAACCAAGUAUAGCCACAAUACAGUCGGGCGUUGAGCCAGUAUUACCUCAGCCACCCACUAAGUUGGCUCUCUCAAAUAUUGAUGCAUUUUCGAUCGUGUUACAAUUUACUCCUGGCUUUAAUGGUAACGCUUCCAUCUCUAAAUGGACUGUACAAGCCCAAACAACUCGAAAUACCACUUGGCACACAAUAUCUGAAAUAUACGACGAUCCUGAUGCCAGAAAAAUUAUAGUUGACAACCUUACUCCGUUUAUGCAGUAUAAGCUCCGCCUCAUAGCUAAUAAUGUGGUAGGUCCUUCUGAGCCGUCAGAGCCUACCAAAGAAUUUCAGACAAUUCAGGCACCACCUUCACACCCACCAAGUAAUGUAACAGUUAGGGCUAUGAGCGCUACAGAAUUGAGAGUCAGAUGGAUUCCUUUACAGCAAGUUGAAUGGUAUGGUAACCCACGCGGCUACAAUAUAACUUACACCCACGUUCGUACCAACAGCUCAAAAAGUAUCAGCAUUGAAGAUCAUACGGCAAAUUCAUACGUUCUUGAGAAUAUGGAAGAAUUCGCUUUAUAUGAAGUAGUCAUGUACGCAUAUAAUGAUGUAGGUUCUUCAGUAAAUAGCCCUAAAGCUAUUGAGAGAACAAGAGAAUCAGUACCAUCGCAAGGUCCUAUCAAUGUUGAGGCGAAUGCAACUUCAUCAACCACGAUUGUCGUUAAAUGGGGUGAGGUGCCUAUCGAUCAUCAAAAUGGACAAAUAGAAGGUUACAAAGUCUACUACAGAGCCAGCAGUCGAACGCCAUUCCAGCAUAAGAAUAUACCUAAUAAUUCUACUUUUACUACAACUUUAACAGAGUUGCGUAAAUAUGUACAGUAUCAUAUUCAGGUACUUGCGUUUACCAGAUUAGGUGAAGGUGCUCUCAGUAUGCCACCAGUAAGAGUUCAAACAUUCGAGGAUGUACCUGGUCCUCCAUCUAACGUGUCAUUACCGGACGUUAGUUUUAAUACUGCCAGAAUAAUAUGGGAUACUCCAGAAGAUCCAAAUGGAGAAAUACUUGCCUUUAAAGUUAUGUUCCACCCGAACGGAACCCAAAAUCAUAUUUUCAGCAAAGAAUUUUCAUCUACAACUAGAACAUUCACUGCCAUAAAUUUGGAACCAGAACGGUAUUAUAUGUUUUCAGUGUCUGCCCAAAGUCGACUGGGUUGGGGCAAAACAGCUUACGCUUUAGUAUUGACUACAAAUAAUAGAGAACGUCCUCAACCACCCUCAGUCCCACAUGUGAGUAAAUCUCAAAUCCAAAGCCGACAAAUUACUUUUAGUUGGACACCGGGUCGCGAUGGAUUUGCUCCACUCAGGUACUACACUGUGCAGCAGUCUGAAAAUUCUGGUCCAUUUCAAACGAUACCAGAACGUGUCGACCCAUCCUUGACUUCCUACACUGCUAAUAGCUUAAAGCCGUACACUCUGUAUCAGUUUAGAAUUCAAGCAACUAAUGAUAUUGGUCCUUCUGAUUGGAGCGCAGAAUCCAUACAAGUUAAAACUUUACCUGCCGCUCCAUCGCGAGGUGUUACGGGACUAAAGGUAGUGCCAAUUACAACAUCAAGUAUCGAAGUCCAUUGGAACUCUAUAGAUGAAGCAAAUUGGAGUGGAGACUAUCAAACAGGUGGUUACCGCGUAUUUUAUCAACCAGUUGCAGAUUUUCCUUUGCCAGAACCUCCAAAAGAAGAAGUUAUGGGAAUAAAUGCUACCAAUAUAACUCUAACUAAUUUGGAUGAAGAUAAAAAUUACGAAGUAUUUGUAGUGCCCUUUAACUCGGAGGGUGAAGGCCCACAAAGUCUUCCGGUAACAGUUUAUGUUGGCGAAGCUAUCCCUACAGGCGAACCUCAAGAAGUUACAGCAAAAUCUGUUUCAUCAACUGAAGUUGUACUUAAAUGGAAACCACCUCAAGUCAAUAUGCAAAACGGUCAACUCCUUGGAUAUAAAAUAUUUUAUUUAGUUACUGACUCGCCACAACAGAUGGAAAAGAAGCAAGAGGAAGAAACUGAAGUCGUGCCUGCAUCUUAUUUGUCACAUAGUUUAGUAUUUUUGGAUAAAUUUACUCAGUAUCGGAUUCAAGUUCUGGCUUUCAAUCCAGCCGGCGAUGGACCUCGAUCUCCCCCAAUUACCGUCCGCACUGCAGAGGAUAUACCAGGGCCUCCACAAAAUCUGUCAUUUAGUGAUAUAACACUAACAAGUUUGCGAGUAUCCUGGGAUCCGCCAAAAAUGCGCAAUGGUGAAAUAGUUGGCUAUGUGGUUUCAUAUAAAACUUCCGAACAAAAUGAUCGUUUUAGCAAACAAGUGAGGCAAAAGGUGACUGACACCAGCUUACUUAUUCAAUCCCUAGAAAAAGAAGCAAUGUAUACUUUCAUGGUCCAAGCGGAAACAAUAGAUCUUGGUCCACCAAUUUCUGGUAACGUGACUACAGGCCCACAAGAUGGUUCACCUAUGCCACCAUCUGAGUUGAGCAUCAUUCGAACGCUGUCUAGCGUUGAGUUACAAUGGACUAAUGGCGCAACAGGAAAAGCGCCUUUAUUAGGAUACUACAUAGAAACUAAAAGUAAAGGACGGGAAAGUUGGCUAAAUCAUGAUAACCAAUGGCAGAUAGUAGCCAAAACUAACACUGGGAUGUUGACAGAGUACAGUAUAUCAUUCCAAACUUUGCUUCCAUCUACAUCUUAUGUUUUCCGAGUAAUAGCUUAUAAUCGAUUUGGUAUAAGUUGUCCUGCCCUUUCACCAGAUCCGAUAUUGACUCCAUCGAAACUUCAUUCAGAAUAUUCAUACAUGAAGCAUCAUCCAUUUUACCGACAAACUUGGUUUAUGGUAUCUUUAGCUGCUGCUUCAGUUGUAAUUAUUAUAAUGGUAGUGGCGAUUUUAUGUGUCAAAAGUAAAAGUUAUAAGUAUAAACAAGAAGCUCAAAAAACGUUGGAAGAGUCCAUGGCAAUGGAUAUUGAAGAUCGACAUGAGUCUGAUUUAGAACUUUACCGUUCGAGACAGGGUGCAAUAGCAAGUAUUAGCAACGGUACGCUUGGUAAACGCAGCACCUUGAGUCGAAAACCUAUGCAUCCACCUCCUCCAGCUGUUUAUGGAAAGUCUCCGCCGAGGCCCUCGCCUGCAUCGGUAGCUUAUCACAGUGACGAAGAAAGCCUUAAGGGUUACGAUGAAAACCCUGACGAUAGCAGUGUUACUGAAAAACCAUCGGAAAUAAGCUCAACAGACUCGCAGCAACAAUCGGAAAGCGAGAAUGAGAGUGUUCAAUCAGAUCCUCACUCGUUCGUGAAUCAUUACGCCAACGUGAACGACUCUCUCAGACAAUCAUGGAAGCGACAAAAACCCGUGCGCAACUAUUCUUCUUAUACAGAUUCUGAACCUGAAGGUAGUGCGGUAGUAAGUCUCAACGGUGGUCAAAUCAUAAUGAAUAAUAUGGCGAGGUCUAGAGCACCACUUCCCGGCUUUUCUUCUUUUGUUUGAUCAAUUUGAAUUGCCACGAUACAGUUGCUCAACUCAAACAAUUUUAUCUGUGUUAAAAGAUGCCUGACCUUAUAUGCUUUAUUUCAAAAAUUUCGCUUAUAUAGAUCUCUUAAUAACUCGUGACUGUAAUAUAGAUUAGUUGUUAAUAUUUGCAGAGACCCAAGAUUCUCUAUGGCAUUCUGCCUUUUCUAAGAAUUUAUGGCAAAUACUUAUUGUGAUAUAUUUAUUUUAUAUCUUUAUUCUUAUGAAUUUGCUAUUGUUCAAUGAGCAUUCUUUUUACUAUUUGUUCCUCAUAGGAGCGAUGUUUUUUACACUGUGGCUUUAUCCUAAAAUCUUUACAUGGCUACUGCUCAAGACGGUAGUUUCUUUAAUAAGCUAACUUUUUUUAUAAUAUCGAUUAAAAAAAACACAAUUUACUCUCUAACGUGUAUGAAAGUUGAUACAAUUUCAAAUUUUUCAAUGCAAAGACUCAAUUUUUUUGUAAUGGUUGAUCAACAGGGUAUCGAAUAGAUGUGCAUGUGCAUAGUGAAAAUGUAUGAUUGCUGUCUUUGAUGUAAAUAACAUACUCUGUGAUUAUCAAAUUAAAAUAGAAAACAACAACUGUCAAGUUAAAAUACUUUUAUCUUAACAAUUGACAUAAGCUAGUGUUGAAAAUCAAUGAAUCUGACAAGUUA